CCUUCUGAACUCCAUCCAACAAUUUAUAUAUAGAGGUGGGUGUCAUUUCUUGUAAUCCAACAUCUCUAUCUACAAACAAACACUUUCUCAGUCUUAGCUUUUCUUUGGUUCAAUAAUGGAUUCAACUACUGCUGAAGUUGCAUACAACUUUGCCCCAUUUCUCCGGGUAUACACAGAUGGCCUUGUAGAGAGGUUGAUCGGCACAGAUGUAGGUCCACCGGCAAUGAAUUCGGAAUCCGGGGUUUCUACCAAGGACGUUGUGAUCGCACCUGAAACUGGCGUAUCGGCACGUCUGUUCAAGCCGAACUCCGUCAACCCAGAGAAAAGGCUUCCUCUACUAGUUUACUUCCAUGGCGGAGGCUUCUCCCUAUGCUCCCCUUACUGCUCCAUAUACCAUAAUUACCUUACUUCUCUAGUCCUCGAAGCUGACAUCAUUGCAGUGUCUGUUGCCUACAGACUGGCCCCUGAAAACCCUGUCCCGGCAGCUUAUGAAGAUUCAUGGGCUGCGCUUCAGUGGGUGGUUUCCCAUUGUAAUGGGCAAGGCUCCGAACCUUGGCUGAAAGACCACGCUGAUUUUCAGCGAGUUUUUUUGGCGGGAGACAGUGCAGGAGGCAAUAUUUCACACAACUUGGCUGUACAAGCCGGGGUUGAAGGGCUGGGUGGUGUGAAGCUGCAAGGAAUUUGUGUAGUUCAUCCAUAUUUUGGGAGAAAAUCAGAAGAUGAUGUUGGCAAGGUUGAUGACAAUCCCAGUGGUGGUCGACCGGACGUGAGGCCCGGUGUGGAUAACUGGUGGCUUUAUGCGUGUCCAACAACUAGUGGGUUCAAUGACCCAAGGUACAAUCCGGCGGCUGAUGAGAGGUUAUGGAGGCUAGGGUGCAGUAAGGUUCUGGUUUGUGUUGCAGAGAAGGAUGUGCUGAAGGCAAGAGGGUGGUUUUAUUAUGAGACAUUGGGUAAGAGUGGUUGGAGUGGAGAGGUGGAGAUUAUGGAGACAGAGGGGGAGGGGCAUGUGUUUCAUUUGUUCAAGCCUAGUUGUGAAAGGGCCGUGACCCUGACGAAAAGGAUCGUCUCUUUCAUCAAUCAAGAAUAAGUUCAGGUCAUUGGAGCUUUAGAAGAGAGUUUGUAAUUUCUCGAUUAAUAAGUCAGCCUUGUGCUGACUAUGCCUUUUCAUUUUAUGAAAGUUUGAUUGUUUUAUUUGCCAA